AGGCUGUCGAGAGCUGACAACAACUUCCUGUUUUACUUGUCGAGAAACCGGGUCGAAAGAAAGGGACGUCUAAAAAUCUGGUGCAAUCACAACAUCUUUGAUCAUGAAGCCUCUUUUGCAUUUUGCAUUUUGGCUUUGCAUUAUUUUUUGUAUCGAAUGCAGUGCGAGACAAGAUACCAUUGACAAUGCUGUAAUAAACAGUAAAGUGGAAAGGAAAAUUGACUUGUCAACCCACCUCGUUAAAAUGACAACAACAGUUACGUUAGAAAAUGCUGGAAGAACACCAAUAAAAUCCUUCUUAUACGCACUCGAGCCAUCGCUUCAAAACUACCUUUCAUACCUGAGUGCAAACGUUAAAGACAAAGAUGAAAAAUUGGGAAUUUCAAAAGCCACUGUUUCAUCUAAAAAAGAUGUCAGCUUUUGGCGUAUUGACCUUCCCUCCAGUCUGGAGGCGGGGAAGAUGAUGACAGUUGAUGUGGACUCGAUGUAUGCUCAUGCAUUGACACCAUACCCUGCAGAAAUCACACAGAGUCAGAAACAACAAGUUUUGUAUAAUGGCAAUGUAUACUUUUAUUCUCCAUAUGUCACUAAAUCUCAGACAACAACAGUAACUACCACAAACACUGCCAUAGAGUCCUACAGCAAAUCUCCAAAACCAGUCUCCCAGAGUGACAGAACAAUUACAUACGGACCAUAUGAACAAAGGGAAGCAUUUGCUGAGGCUGAAUUGAGAGUACACUAUGAAAACAAUUCUCCUUUCCUGACUGUCACCAGUUUGGAAAGGAUCAUAGAAAUUUCACACUGGGGAAACAUAGCUGUUGAGGAACACAUUAAUCUGAGACACACAGGAGCUCUGCUGAAGGGACCGUUCUCCAGAUAUGACUAUCAAAGAUCUCAAGAUGGACUGUCAUCAAUCAAAUCAUUUAAGACAGUUCUUCCUGCCUCUGCCCGAGAUGUUUACUACAGAGAUGAGAUAGGUAAUAUAUCUACAAGUAACCUAAAGGAGGGGGAGGAAUUCAUGGAACUGGAGCUCAGACCAAGGUUUCCUCUGUUUGGAGGCUGGAAGACUCAGUAUUACAUUGGAUACAAUGUCCCCAGCUAUCAGUAUCUCUUUAACAAAGGAGAUAACUACGCCUUGAAAAUGAGAUUCGUGGAUCAUGUUUUUGAUGACAUGGUGGUAGACCAGAUGACACUCAAAAUCAUCCUUCCAGAGGGCUCCAAAAAUAUGAGAUUUGAAGCCCCGUAUGAUGUACAGCAAGGAGAAAAUCAGCUUCACUUUACUUACCUAGACACCACUGGUCGUCCUGUCAUAGUCAUCCACAAGUCUAAUCUUGUUGAACAACACAUACAGGAUUUCCAGCUCCAUUACACUUUCCAGAAGAUGUUGUUACUUCAGGAGCCAUUGUUGGUGGUGGGAGCCUUCUAUCUCCUCUUCCUGGCUGUCAUUGUGUAUGUCAGACUGGACUUCUCCAUCACCAAGGAUGAAGUCAAAGAGAGUAAAAUGCGAGUUGCCAGCCUAGUGGAGGAGGUCCAAAGUGCACACGAUCGUAGAAGCGCCCUCUACCAGAGCUAUGAUGAUGCCAUCAACAAGUACAAGAGUACCAAAGAUCCAAAUACCUUUGCAGCAACUCGGAAGAAAGUAGAUGCAGACUAUAAAUCCCUAACACAACAGAUAAGUGACUUGCAGGCCAAGUUAAAGAAUGAGGGAUCGGAUCUAGCAGAAAAGGUUGGUGAACUUCAGAGCAGUGAUAGACAGUACAAGGAACUACUUGGCGUAGCAAUAACUCUAGCGGAGAAGUUAGUCAAUGGAAAAAUGAAUAAACAACAGUAUCUAGAAAAUGAGAAAAUCAAUACAGCAAAGCGAGAGGAGCUGGAUAGCAGAAUGGAAGCUUUAAGAUCUAGCCUUGCCUGAGAGUUUUACUUUAUAAAAACAUAUAAAGUUGUCAUCAAAUUGAAUGCCAAUAAAGUUUCAUCUUACA